GGAACAACGUUCGUUUUUGUAGUCGGCUUUUGUUUAUUUGAAAAGUUUUGUUUUAUAAUACUUUGAUUUGAUCAACUAAACUUGUUUGCUCUUGAAGAUAAACAAUAGUCUUAAUUGCAUUAAAAUUAAAUAAUUUUUUGUCGAACUAUUUCAGAAAGAUGUCUCAACAACAAACUAAAAAUUGUAUAACUCUUCGAGGAUCGGCACAAAUUAUUUGUGAAUAUCUCAAAUUCGCUAUUAAUUCCGUGCUAUUCCAAAGAGGUUUAUAUCCGCCGGAGACUUUUAAGGCUGAACAACAAUAUGGAAUCACACUUUUAAUAUCAGAAGACGCUCAAAUCAAGAGCUUUUUAACAAAUCUAUUAACACAGAGUGAAGAAUGGAUUAUAAACAAGAAAGUCAGCAAGCUAUCCCUUAUAAUUUUGAAUGUAGCUAAUAAAGAAAUACUAGAAUGUUGGGACUUCAAUGUUCAAUAUGAAGAUGGAGAUGUAGCUUUAUCUAAAGAGAAGAAUGAAACCGUGGGCAGUAAAGACUUAAAGAAAAUCCAGCAGGAGAUCCGUGAUGUAAUGUUGCAGGUAGCUGCUACAAUAUCAUACUUACCUUUCUUAGAUUGUAGAUGUUCAUUUGAUGUAUUAGUUCACGCUAAAACGGAUUGCGAUAUUCCUGAAAAGUGGGCGGAAGCAGAACCAGUAUUGAUAGCCAAUGCACAGAAUGUUCAACUUAAAACCUUCUCCACUAGUUUACAUAAAAUGGAAACUGUUGUUAGUUAUAAGCUCGUAGAUUAGCCAACAUUUAAAUCUCAGUUCAAACAAUGUUAUCCAUACAAAAACAAAAUGCUGCAUGAUUGUUUCUAUGAUAUCAACAGUAUUAAAUAUUUGGAUGUUAUUUUUAACCAAAGCUUUCUUUUUGUUUUUUUUUUAAUCAUGGUAUCAUGUUUCUGGCCACAAUAUUGUUAUUUAUGAUCUGCUCUUAAAUUCAAAGUUAGUUGCAAAUUAGUCCCAUAGCUGGAUAAAAUACUACAUGCCUUCGAUAUAAUUGUAAUGUCUUUGUGCAGCUCUUAAAUUCAAAGAUACAUAAUUUAAGCCACAGAUUUUAUUCCUUUGACUUUCCCAAUAAACUGUUGAAUGCAUUGUCUAUCACUUUAAAUAAUGGUUUUAUUAUUUUUUUUUAUAAUACAUACUAUGUAUGUGUUUGAUUAUCAUUGCAUGUUAGAAUGGAUUUACAUAAUGAGUUUCAGAGUAUUUUAUACUAAGAUACCUACCCUAAAUAUCUACAUGAUGGAUGGACUAAUCUUCUCUCUCUGUUAUAAGAGUUGUCCUAUCAUCAAAGGGUUUUGAAUGUGUUUUAAUUAUAUAAUUAGGUGUAACUUGUAACUACAGCUACAAAGCUAUUACAUGUUCAAUCAAAAGAUACUGGUAG